GCGGCGAGAGCUCCCUCCUGAAAGACUUGCACAGCUGCUGAUGCAAGAGAGGCGUCGUUUCUGUCACUUUCUCGCCGUCGAACAUGUCCUGUUCCUUUCAAGUCCCGCGUCGAUGAAAACACGGAGAGAUCACAGCUUUCGAUUCUUUCGACAAACGCGCUCGAGUCGAGGCAUGAAAGAGAGUGAAACUGGAAGUUUUCUCGUCGCAGACGCGCGUCUCGACCACGCGAAGGCGGUCGAGCACAUUCUCGGCGGGCGCGUUCGUUCCCUUUGGAGGGUCGUCACAAAGAGCGGCGAGAAAAGACGAGUUCCCGAAGAUCAACUCUCGCAGUUUAGAGCGUGUGGUCCACGGAGAUCGUUCGUCCGUCUCGCUCGCGUUUAACAAAGAAGGAAGCAGGACUUUCUGCGGUCUCGCUCUGAAAAAAGGCACACUCCCCGCGAAAGGAAAGUCUGUUUCCCGGGCCGCGGGAGAGGCGCUUCCGGACGCUUUUUUCUUUGGAGGUGUCACGUUCGUGCUUUUGGCGGGUGCAAACGCUUCGAAGAGAACGAGGAAACGAGAAAUUGACAGGACUCGACUUUCUUCGGAUUUGUUUGCGAGAAAGUUGACCGACUCUGCUCAAAAGAGCACGCUGCAACUCAGCCUCAGCUCACCGGAUUCUCGCCCAGCGCCGCAGGUCACCCUUCGCGUCGUGCAUGGUCCGCCGCGGCCAAGGCUUCCUGUAAAAAGGUGCUCCUUCUUCUUCAAGUUCUAAUUCUGGAAGCAUGUUGGAGAGGCGGGGGACUCUCCGGUACGGCGCCGCGCGUCGUCUGCGUCAGUUUGGAUCGCGCGACAGCAUUCUUCUCGCUCCUAGCAGUUCGCGUUCGAUGUCGACUUCCGGCUUCUUUCUCCCUGCUCUGCCCGGAGAGCGUUCACUCUCUGGAGACUCCGAAGCGCCUCAGGACUUCGACCUCGAAGCUGCGCUCCGUGGUCACUCGCGCAAUCCGGCGCGGGUCUUCCCCGGCGAAGGAGACAGAAGAGACGGCGGAGACGGGGGAGAGAAGAGAGAGCGAAGUCGAGGUCGUGGAUCUUUGGGGACACCAAGGCUGUCCCCGUCUUCGUUCGACGCUCGAGAGGACUUUAGCGGACUCAGCGGACGCUGGGGACAGAGAGAAGACGGUUUCGGAAGCACUGGUGCAUCCGGACGGCCGCCCUGGGUGGGGAGGAAGAGUCGCGAAGGAGGACGGCUCGCGGAGAUGACGGCUGCUCUCUCUGUCGCGACGGAAGAGGAGUUCUCCGGAGACAGAGAGCAGACUCACGGGUGGCUGACUAAAGCCGAGACGGUCACUCAGGGUGACGAGGACCUCGUCAGUUCAGAGACAACCUACAUCGCGAUGCUGCGCGAGGAACUGUGGCAAGCUCUCUCGGCUCACGUUGCGAUGUGGAGACGAGACAAAAUCGAGGCAGGCCUCAACUGUCUCGAACAAAUCGAGUGGUUCUGGGGCGUCGAAGGCAUGCACAAAGUACAGGAAGUCCGCGCACUCGUGAAAGACAAUAAAAUGGACUCUGCCGGAGCCGUCAUCUCCAGCGUCACUGCCUCCAUGUCCUCGGUCACAGGGAGCAUGCAAGGACGCCAGCACUGUUUCUACGUUCUGGUGGCGGUUCCGCCGUACACGUUCCGGAACAGCGAUCACCGAGUGAACUUGGCGGCGGAGUUGCGGAGAAUCGCUUCGAAGGAGCAGUCGCAAGACUCAUCCCUGGUGUAUCGAAUCGUGGAGGUGGACAGCAUGCGUCGCGCGCUGCUGGCGGCGAUCGUGAAUCCGGACAUCCUCGCAGUCGUCGUUCAAGACAAUGUACCCGUCGACCACUCACAUACUUCGUCGCAUGCGCUGGUCGGCUUCGAGGCGUUCGUGAGAGGUGUGGAGAUGUUCGUGGACGCGCCGGUGGCGCAGAUGCGCGCAGGCGCUCCUGUGCUCUCCACCUUCGUUCGGAGCGUCUCGCGGUGCAGAGGCAACGUCGACAUCUUCUGUGUCUGCACUGCGAUGGGCCUGGCGAGUCUCGAGCCCGUGACGCACCUGGUGAAGCGCGCGUUUUUCCCCAACGACGAUCAUUCCGACCUGCACGAGGCGAUUCUCGCGGGCGUCCGCAGCAAAAUGCGUUGUCCCUUCUUCGAGGCGCUCCGGCGCUACGCCGAACGCCCAAUCGGCGUCUUCCACGCCCUCGCGAUCUCGCGCGGAAACUCGGUUCGGCGCAGCAAGUGGAUUCAAGGCUUGAUCGACUUCUACGGAGUCAAUCUGUUCAAGGCUGAAAGCAGCGCGACCUGUGGAGGCCUCGACUCGCUGCUCGACCCCCAUGGGUCGCUGCUCGACGCGCAGAACCUCGCCGCCAGAGCCUACGAUGCCAGCUACGCGUUCUUCGUCACCAAUGGCACAUCGACCUCGAACAAAAUCGUCCUGCAGGCAGUGCUCCGCCCCGAGGACGUCGUUCUGGUGGACCGCGACUGUCACAAGUCGCACCACUACGGCUUCGUCCUCGCCGGAAGUUCCCCGUGCUACCUGGACGCGUAUCCGCUUCACCGCUUCUCCAUGUACGGCGGAGUGCCACUGGACUCGAUCAAGCGAACGCUGCUCGCGUACCGGGCAGUGGGCCGCCUCGAAGAAGUGAAGCUCUUGGUGUUGACGAACUGCACCUUCGACGGGAUCGUCUACAACGUCAGACGCGUCAUCGAGGAAUGUCUCGCCAUCGCGCCACACCUCGUAUUCCUCUUCGACGAAGCUUGGUUUUCCUACGCCAUGUUCCAUCCCAUCCUCAAAACGCGCACAGCGAUGCAUGCUGCAAACGAGAUUCGCAGAGACCUGAUGGAGGGUCGCUAUCACCAGUUGUUCGAAGACCUCGUGGAGACGCUGGGAACCGACGACUUGCGUGCGGUCGACGCGGAGACGCUCGCGAAGACGCGACUGGUGCCUGAUCCGCGGCGCAUGCGCGUCCGGGUGUACGCCACCCAUUCGAUUCACAAGUCCUUGACGGCGCUUCGGCAAGGAAGCAUGAUUCUCGUGAACGACGACUUGUUCGAGUCUCAUGUCCACACAGCGUUCAAGGAGGCGUACUACACGCACAUGUCGACUUCUCCGAACUACCAAAUUCUCGCGACCCUCGACGUCGGUCGGUCGCAGAUGGAGCUCGAGGGAUACGGUCUAGUCGAGAGACAAAUCGAAGCUGCCUUCUUCAUCCGCAGACUUCUGACUCGGGAUCUCCUCGUCCGAAAGUACUUCACAGUUCUCUCGCCGCGCGACAUGAUUCCUUCUGCAAUGAGGAAACACAGUCGAGAGUUCCUCGGAGAAGAGGCUCUGCAGUGCGAAUUGACCCUCCAAACUCUGGAGCAAGUAUGGCUUUCCGACGACGAAUUUGUGCUCGAUCCGACAAGAAUCACGCUCUUCACAGGGUUGUCGGGGCUGGACGGCGAAACGUUCAAAGUGAAGUGGCUGAUGGACAAGUACGGCGUUCAGAUCAACAAAACUUCGCGCAACUCGGUGCUGUUCAUGACGAACAUCGGCACAACGCGGUCGUCCUGCGUAUUCCUCAAGGCGUGCAUUCGGAGCUGCGCGCAGGAACUGGAGAUGCAUCGUCUCUUGAGUUCGACGCGAGAGCUGGAGGAAGUGAACGACGCAGUGCAUGGACUCGUCGAGGAAUGUCCGGAUCUGCCGCACUUCUCCGCCUUCCACCCUGUGUUCGCGAAGCCGGCGCGCGUCUGCGAAGCCGCUCGAGAGAACGCCGCAGCGGAAGAGCCGACGGGCGCGGCCGCAAACGCCAAAGGAGGAGACAAAAAAGGAGACGGGAAGAGAGAGGCGAGUGUGGACGGCGAAGACGCACUCGCGUCGCUGGUGAAGGAUGGCGAUUUGCGAGCAGCCUUCUAUCUCGCCUACGACGAAAACAACGUCAGAUACUUGUCGCUGAGAAGCGCGAAAGAAGCGAUUCUGAAAGGGAAGCAACUCGUCGCAACGACCUUCGUCAUUCCCUAUCCUCCAGGAUUCCCUGUCGCUGUCCCCGGACAAGUUCUGACUGUCGCGUUGGUCGACUUCUUGCUGAAGCUGGACGUCAAAGAAAUCCACGGCUUCGACGACAAACUUGGGUUUCGUCUCUUUAAACCGGGAGUCUUGACUGAGAAGCUUCGCGAGCGGCAGAGCGCGGGCGCGUUGCGAGGAACUUCCGUCGAGCAGCGUCUUCCUCCCGAGACAGAGACCGUGCAUGUAGCCGUUCGUCCGCCGACGGCAGGAACGCCUCAGCUGUCUGAAGAGAAAAAAGACGCGAGUUCGAACGGCGUCGUCGCGGCUUCUGCUGACGACCCGGACUCGAAGAUCAGCGAGAAAUCCGGAAACUCGACGAAUGCCACCCGAAACAGCGACGCCGCGAGUAGCCUUUCUUCCCGCAGAGACGACCAAGAGAAACGAGAGAGUGAAACCUGACGGUAGGAGGGAGAGCGAAGGAAAGGGGAAGCGAGGAAAGAAUCUCUGGGCUCCGACAGACGAGUUGAGAAAGGUUCGCUGUUCCGCCCAGAAAAGGGCAUCGCAUCCUGCUAGAAGAGUUCACAAGCGAAAAGCAGGGAAGGCGCGCCGUAAGUUGAAACAAAGGAGGAAAAGGACGACUUCUCGAAAUGCGACUGGCUCAAGUUGUCGCCAGUCGCGUUCAGGUGAGAUCGACGUGGAAGCCUCGAGAAAAAAAAAACCUGAACGACUUCUGCUGCGUCUGAUCUCGUCGGGUGGCUCAAGUAUUCUCACGCGACUCCCAGGCGUAUGCGGGUGUGGACCGGCUCUGCUUCUUCUGCGCUCGCUCGCCAAGAACAGGACUGUUUCUCUCUUCUGAGCAGCGCGACAUCCUGGAAACGCGACCUGUGCGCCACCGUCGCACGAUCUUUUCCUUGCACCUCGCUUUCCGCGUUGCUCUCCCAGUUUCCCCUGUGCCUUCGCUCCCCACACGGUUUCCUAAGGUGUUGAAAUGCAGACUCGACUGUGGACCUGAACGUGGAAAUCUCGCGUUCUCUCCGGAGCGACGCCUCGACACAGACGCGAGCGAGUCGAGACCCGGAUGCAGAGACGGAGAGCAGCGGUCGCUCAACCGUUCGAGAGGCAACCUUGUGGUGUGAGCGCCAAGCUCUGCGACUCACGCACAAGUCCAGACUCUCUGCGCGGCGUCCUCGAUGUCCUCCCCUCACUUGGCAACUCCACUCGUUCCCUCGAGGCGCGGUCUCUGCGAGUGAGGCUGUGGCGGAAGCAUCGACAAGAGCUCGAAGAGGGGAGGAACUGCCUGAAGGCCAGAGAAGAGAAUGUCGAAGAAAGGGCAACUGGAGGGAAGCUCUCUCUGGGAGCACCGCAAAGUUCGAAACGUCUCCGCAGUUUUUCGAGACGAGAACGUCUCUUGUCUUCACUGAGAUCGCUCUUCGCCCGUACACACGCCGUCCAGGCGUUUCCGUUCUCCGAAAAUCUCCCUUUUUUCGCGAAAAAAAACAAUCGUAAUCGCGAGCCACACUCGAACUGCGACGACUUUCAAAAAAGUUCAAGUCUGUGCGUCACUCUCCGCGCCGCUGGGAGUUCGGCGUCCUUCCUCCUUCUUCUGUCCAAAGAGAAGUCAUUUCUCCCUGCGCGGCGUUCUCACGGGUCCCCUCUAAAUGUGACAGAGCUCAUGAGACAGUGAAUCUCUCUGUAAAUACAAAAAAAAAUAGUUACAACUAUAGAUAUCAGUGGAUCUACAACUAUAUAGAUCGAUCUCUACAUAUAUAUAUAUAUAUAUAUCAGUAUAUCUAUAAAUACAUAUAUAAACGGUGUGGGACUGCUGCGUUUCUUCUGUCCGGCAAAGACUUCUGUAGACGCGGCACUCUUGUCCAGCGUUUCCACGCGGAAAGCGCAUGAAGGGCGUGGAAUGUGCGAUGCUUCGAACUUCCUUUCCUCGAAGACUCCCCUUUCAACAGACGGAAAGGUGCAUGCUCUGAGACUGGUGUUUUUUGCCUUCUUUUCCACACUCCCGCGUCGAUCUAAUCACAACAGCUGUUCCUCCAGAAAAAGAGUCUCCUCGGUAAGCACGCCAGUGUAAACCGAGGAGACAAAAGCUUGGCCUUGGCAGCCACUACAUUUCUACUGGUUCGUUGUUCAGCGUCAUUCGCCAGUUCCGCGAAACGCCGAUUCGUUCUCUUGCCAAGUCAGAUGGGUACCUGACUCCGUGGAUAUGUGCACCAGCACCACCAACAACAUAAGCCUUUCUGACUUUCGUUCUGCGAACUCUCGCUGCUUCUCCCUUUUCUCCCCACACACCGUCAACCACAAAAACUGCGCGGAAACGAAAGGCGAGAAAUGCUCUCGCCUCGCGCUGAAGAAGUGACUCUCCCCGAACUCCUGCCGGCCGACGACCUCCCGCGCGUCUUAGCAAGCACGGGAGUUUCACACUCUAUGGCCCCCCCAGAGUCCGCGCUUCAGUCUCUGCCUCUCCACGCCCUUCUCCUCUCGACAGGAAAGCCACAGGCACACAAACGCACGCCCACAAACUUGCCUUUUCAACUGCUCUGCUUUUCGCGUUUGUGACACCCGCAGGCGCAAGUGGACGUCCACUCCGAGGACUGCCUGGGAACGAGCCUCGCUGCCGCGAAUCUGAGCAAGCCUGUUUCGUCUCUGUUUACGGAUGCAUGUGAGAGGAAAUCCCUCCAGACGGCGCGAGGAAUGUCCUUCCUCUUUCAGGUACUUGCUGUCACCCCCUGCGGCCUCGCCUCGCCUGCAAGUUCGGUGAACUGACGAACCGUGUGUCUCAACACAAGGAAGCCGGGAAGAAAGGUGAGGAGCGCGCCACCGCCUCCAAGAAGGAAGUGAAAAAUGGGCAUUUCAGACGCCCGCGUCCA